CUUCGAGUCUUGACUUGUCGCGCAAACAAGCAGAAUGCGGUGAGUAUACCUCGACGGUUCGGAAGAAGAAGAGGCCCAACGAGUAGUAGCGUCGACCGGAAAAGAGAUGGAGGACGUCGUCACCGAGUCGCCGCCGCCCUCGAGGUUCUUCCAGGAAGACCUCGACAACUUCGCCGCUCCACCGCCGCCUCUGCCCCCGCCGCUCCUCCUCCUGGACCCCAAACUCGGGCCGGACCACAUCUGCCCUCCCCUCCUCAUCGUCGCCCUCUCCGCCCCCUCCCUCGCCAUCCUUCAUCGGAUCCCUCACAAGAUUCUCAUCGGAACUCUAAUCCUGCCGGAGACCUCCCUCGCCGGCAACUCCCUCGAGCCCUGCCCCCGCGACCGCUCUUGCUACAUCUACGCUGUCGACCAUCGGCCGGCGUCGGCGGUCCUCGUCGCCGUUCAGUUCCCGGUCGCCGCCGAGAGGGCCCGCGCCGUCGCGAAGUCGUUGCUUGGUGCGAUCCAGGCGGAGAGGGUCUUGAUCUUUGGUUCGAUCGGGAGCCAGAACUACAGGGGGCGGUUGGCAGUGGACGAAACCCUAGUUUUUAAGCUGGAGACGGUGGAGGAGAGAAGCGGUGGGCAGCCGCUGGUGCAGGGAGUGGAUUACUUGCCGUCGGGAAGUGUGAUGGAUGGCCUCGGGGCGGCAGUUAUCGCAGAGUGCCAGAUGCGGAGGGCAAAGGGGACGCUGGUGGCAACAUGGCCGGCGAAUGGUCGAUCUACUGUGGUGCCGAUCAUUAGGUCAUUGUUGCAGGGCUUGAGCAUUGAUGUCGGUGCGUCUGAUGCUGAUGAUGAGUUUGAUGCUGGAUGCUCGUUUUCUUCUCGAUAUGUGUCAGAUUUGUAUACCUGAUGACGAGGCUUUACCGGAUGAGGCGGUGUUCUCUGGUUGUUCUAACUGAAAGAGUAAACACUGGUGAAGCCAACAUAUGCUGAUCCUCUUCUACAGAGUGAUGGUUGGUCCAACGAGCUAGAGUCAUGAGAAUUUUUUAGUUACAUAUUUUUGUAAUAGUCUUAAGCCCUAAAAAACUACCUUGGCAGUGGUUUUCCACUACAAUCGCACAUCAUCUUCUGCAAUAUUUCAAUCUGCAAAACUUUUUUUAUUGGGGAAUAAUUGUCCCUCACUUUUUUACUGCCACCUAUUGUGUCAGAUACAUUACUCCUGCCCAGCAAGUUUUUUUUUUGUUGCUUUUCUAUACUUUCAACUGUUAAACAAACCAGAAUUCAUCAUCUUGUUUUAGAAUAUAUCUAUUAACUCAUUGUCUUCUCGGUCA